AUGGAGCCGAGAGACAGAGAGCCUGCGUCGUCCCAGGACAAGCGGCCACUGGAGGAGGACUCAGACGACCCAGAUCUCCAGGAUCAAUCUGAAGUGGAAGAUUUGCUGGAGAUAGCAUCCGAGGCGCCCACAGAUACCUCUUGGCCCGGGGAGGUGGAUGAAGCCGAGCUAGAUGGCGAAAUCCUGAUCGAGGAACCGAAGCCGAGGCCCAAGAAGAAGAAGAGCUUGGAUGCGGCUGCCCUGGCCGCCCGCCGCGUCUGCAAGCGGCUGAGGCAGGAACGGAAGGCCGCACGCAAGGCCAAGCGCAAGGCCGAGGCCAAGGCCAAGAAGCGACGUGGCUUCGGCGCAGACUUGGAGGCUUUCUUGGAGAAGACCAGGGAGCGCCUCGAGACGAAGGCCGUGGAGGCCGAGGCUUUGGCAGCCGCGGCUCUCAUGGCCGAGGCGGAGGUCGGCUCGAGGCCGAAUCCGAAGGACCGCCUGGGCCUCGAGCCGCCGCGGUCCGGGGUGGACCUGCGCGGCUUCGUCGCGAAGACGCGGGAGCGGCUGGCGGCGCGGUCGGAGCUGGAGAGGGCCACGGAGGAGGCGCAGCGCGCGAAGGCCGCCGCCUUGGCGGCCAACGUGGACUUGGAGUCCUUCCGGAAAGAAUGUCAGGCGCGCAUCGCCCAGCGGCUCCUGGCGAAAAUGCCUCAAAUCCGGGGCUCGGAGAGAGACGCAGGGAACAUCAACUGGGCCUGCAUCACGCGUCGACGGAUUGCCAUCGUGGGUGCCGGCCCGGUGGGCCUCUGGGCAGCCAUGUUGCUGGCGCAGAAGUACCGCUGGACCGAUGGCACUGGCUGUGCCCGGCUCCGCCCGGAUGCGCCGGAGGUGGUCCUCUUCGAGGCCCGGUCCAUGGAGAACCACUGCACUCGGACGGACAUCCGCAUCGCGCUCUCCUCUUCGACGCGGGCCAUGCUGGACCAGCAGACGAAAUCGAGGAGCUUCACUUCCGGCAUGCCCGUCGCAGAGAUCGAAGACACCUUCCUCAGGCGCUGGAAGAAGGUGGCAGGCCAGGAGGCCAGGAUCGGCUAUGGCUCUGAGAUCUCAGACCCUGCGGAGCUCUGCCAAUCCGGGCAGUUUGACUGCAUUCUCUGGGCCGCGGGACGGAGAUCCCUCGACGACCCCUUGCGAAAGGAUUUGGGUUGUGAGGUGAAGAUUGGCGACAGUCAGCGUGUGGUCGUCUUCCAGGUCCAGGACCUCCAGGGAGCAGACGCCUGGCAGCUCGGGAGCAUGGACCUCUCCGGGGCCGCCCAGCAAGCGGGCCGCUUCCCCGGGCUCCGCGUGAUGCUGCGGCCGGGCUUCGAGGGCGCCUGCGCCUGUUGGCUCUGGGUCUUCGGUUUGUCCAGCGAGGUCUUGGAGUCCUUCGUCCUGAAGGGUGCCUCUUCCACGCCGCGGGAGACGUUGGCAGAGGCUUUCGAGGACUUGGUUGGAGCGACCUCGCAGGCGCUGAAACCCGCGCUCGAGGCGCUGCAGCAGCGAGUCCGAGCUUCGGGCGUCACCUGCAGGUUUGUGGAAGCCUCGUACUGGUCCGCCGAUCAUGCCGUCUGCCAGCUUAGCGUUGGGGAUCAGCUGGUGCCCUUCAUAUUGCUGGGGGAUGCCCUGGGCGGAAAGCCCUUCUACACGGGCUCGACGCUUAACCGGCACCUCUGGGAUGUUGCGACCCUCAUUGAUGAGGUGGAGUUCGCCUACGACGGGGGCCCCUUAGAUGCUGCGCGCUUCGCCAUGUACGAGCGGCGCUACAUGGAGUGCCUGCGUCGAAUUCCAGAGUUCCAACGUCCUCGGUCCAUCAUCCUUCAGGCACUUCCCAAGCCCAUGCCCGUACCCCGCCAGAGGGUUGACGAGAUACCGCCUUGCGAAGCAAAGACUUUGUCACUGCCUGCCAUACCCUUUGGGCGACCAUUGAUGUGA